AUGAUUUCUAUAAAAUCUAAACAACUUCGACGUUCACUAUAUCCAAUAAAAAUUGAUAUUAAAUUUGAUGUACAUGACAUACGAAAAUAUCCAGCAAUAGAUAUUGCCGAUGAACUUACAUUAAUUAAUCAAAAUUUUUUAUUAAAUAUUAAACCAGAAGAAUUAUUUAAUUUUGCAUUUCUAUCUACUGAAAAGAAAAUUUUAGCACCAAAUAUAACAUCAAUGCUCGAAUUUUAUGAUAAAACAGUAGCUUUAUUUGCUACACAAAUUUUAAGACAAAAGACAGAUAAAUUGAGAGCAUCUGUUAUUAUUCAUUUAUUUUCGGUUGUUCAACAACUAUAUAUUAAAAAUCAUGAUAUCCAUAGUAUUCGUAUUAUCUUAGCUACUUUUGAUCAUCCAUCUAUUUUUCGAUUACGUGAAACAUGGCGCAAAUUUCGUAUACAAAAACCAAAAUUUUAUACUGCAUUAAAAUAUCUUUGGAAUGUUUUUAGUCAAGAAAAUAAUUGGGAUGAUUAUCAUUCAUGGCUUGAACAAAAAUUUAUUAAAGAUUGUUUAAAUAAAAAUCAACCUAUGUUAUUAUUCAUUGGAUAUUUAUUAUCUAAGAUGAUUAUUGAUCAUUAUCGAUACUAUGAAAUAUCUAAUCAUAAUAAAAAUGAAAAAUCUUCUCGAGUUCAUAUGACAUUUAUUGAAUACAUUAAAUCAUCUCCUAAACAUUAUAAAUAA